GCCCUGAGGGCCACUAGAGUUUUACUGGAGGCAAAAGUCCAUUGGGGCGGGCCAAGGGAGGAACGGAGGAGGGGACGCUUGGGGGCACUGGGAAGCCAAGGAUUCGGACGGGGAACCUCGGGAGGGAAGGCGAGCGGGCUGGGGGAGGGGGCGCGGUGGGAGGCGGAGUAGAAGACAAAAGCCGAAAGCGAGCUGGGCCCGGCCUGCACACUCGGGCAGCUGGGGCAGUUGGUGCCGCGAGCAGCCGGCACCGGGAGGUCGCAGCGCAGGGGGCAGCCCGCUCGGCAGACAGCAUGGGAAAGGGGGGUAACCAGGGCGAGGGGGGCCCCGAGCGCGAGGCACCCAUCCCCACCUUCAGCUGGGAGGAGAUUCAGAAGCACAACCUGCGUACAGACAAAUGGCUUGUCGUCGACCGCAAGGUCUACAACAUUACCAAAUGGUCCAGCCGGCACCCGGGUGGCCACCGGGUCAUCGGGCACUACGCGGGGGAAGAUGCUACGGAUGCCUUCCGAGCCUUCCACCCCAACUUGCAUUUUGUACAAAAGUUCAUGAAGCCCCUGCUGAUCGGAGAGUUGGCCCCGGAUGAGCCCAGCCAGGACCGUGGCAAGAACUCUCAGAUCACCGAGGACUUCCGGGCCCUGAGGAAGACAGCGGAGGACAUGAAUCUGUUCAAGACCAACCACCUGUUUUUCCUCCUCCACCUGGCCCACAUUGUUGUCAUGGAGAGCAUCGCCUGGUUCAUCGUCUCUUACUUUGGCAAUGGUUGGAUUCCAACCUUGGUCACGGCCUUCAUCCUUGCUACUUCUCAGGCUCAAGCCGGGUGGCUGCAACAUGAUUAUGGCCAUCUUUCUGUCUACAAGAAGUCCAGAUGGAAUCACAUAGUCCACAAGUUCGUCAUUGGCCACUUGAAGGGUGCCUCGGCCAACUGGUGGAACCAUCGCCACUUUCAGCAUCACGCCAAGCCCAACAUUUUCCACAAGGACCCAGAUGUGAACAUGCUCCACGUGUUUGUCCUGGGCGAGUGGCAGCCCAUUGAGUACGGCAGGAAGAAGCUGAGGUAUCUGCCCUACAACCACCAGCACGAAUACUUCUUCCUGAUCGGGCCGCCUCUGCUCAUCCCCAUGUAUUUCCAGUAUCAGAUCAUCAUGACCAUGAUUGUCCGAAAGGACUGGGUGGACUUGGCCUGGGCUAUCAGCUACUAUGCCCGAUUCUUCAUGACCUACAGUCCUUUCUACGGUAUCCUGGGAGCCCUCCUCUUCCUCAACUUCAUCAGGUUCCUGGAGAGCCACUGGUUUGUGUGGGUCACGCAGAUGAAUCACAUAGUCAUGGAGAUCGACCGCGAGCCCUACCGUGACUGGUUUAGCAGCCAGCUGGCAGCCACCUGCAAUGUGGAGCAGUCCUUCUUUAAUGACUGGUUCAGCGGACACCUCAACUUCCAGAUCGAACACCACCUCUUUCCCACCAUGCCCCGCCACAACUUCCACAAGAUCGCCCCCCUGGUGAAGUCCCUGUGUGCCAAGCACAGCAUUAAGUACCAGGAGAAGCCGCUGCUGAGGGCCUUGAUGGACAUUGUCGGCUCCCUGAAGAAAUCCGGGCAGCUAUGGCUGGACGCCUAUCUCCACAAAUGA